AUGAACCAGAAUAUGGAUGAGGACGUACUAGUAGCGGAAGCAGAACUUCAGAACCCGCGCCAGCGCCCCCUUUCGACAAUCACGGAAGAUGUGGAGGCCAAGAUCCCGCUUGAAGCCCACAUUAUGAGCAAGUGUCCAGAUGCCAAGGAUUGUCUACAGAAGUUAAUUCUACCGGCGAUGGAGCAAAUCAGCGAUAAGGUUGACUUUAAUCUCUCCUUCAUUGCCAGUGUCUCCCAGAAAUCAUCCGAUGUUGACUGCAAGCACGGUCCGGGGGAAUGUAUUGGCAACAUGAUUCUUCUCUGUGCCGCCAACUUACCUUUCCCCCCGAGGGACGACGAUUCACUCUUACCUGAAGACUACCCCCGUACACCUAUCAUUCGGUCCCUGGGCUUCGCAAACUGCCUUAUCAAUGGAUAUCCUCACAUUCCCAAUCGCGAGUUCAUACACGAGUGUGCGAUGGAGCAUGGUAUCGAUUUUGACGCACUGAACCGUUGCGCGAGCCAGCAGGAUGAUGACCCUAAUCGUGGCGAGCAGGAUGGGCCACUGCUCAGUGGUCUGGCACUCUUACGUGAAUCUGCACUGCGUAGCGACAGUCUUGGCAUCAAGACUAGCUGCACUGUGCGUCUAGAUGAAUCUGUCUGGUGCGUCCGCGAUAAUGGCGAGUGGAAAGAUUGUGCUGAGGAUGGCGAGGGAUCAGAUCCCCGCGUCCUGGUCGAUGCUGUGAACAAGCUUUGGGCAGAUCGAAACUGA